AUGAGCGAAAAGAUCACUCCCGCAGACAUUUGGGCCCAGCCCCGGCCUAAAUCACGCAUUAACAAAUGGAAGGUGUUUGGCGCAGGCGCGCUCACGGUUGCUGCUUUGCAUUGGCUCACCCCUCGCAUGCCAGUGCACUGCCCACAUAGUCACCAUCCCCACAGUCAGCAUACGACGUAUGUGGGUGAGAACAUCGAAUGGAAGCCGUGCGGGGAGAUUAAUAACCGUCCCCUCGAGUGCAGCAGCAUUGACGUGCCGAUUGAUCAGUUCAAUCCUGAUGCUAGCAACAAGACCUUCAACGUAGCCAUUGCGCGAUUGCGCGGAAAGGACGGAAGCCCUAAUCUGCUGCUGAACCCUGGUGGACCUGGUGGCAGUGGUUUCGAGUUUCUUCAUAGAAGGGGAGAGCAGCUCAGCACUAUUGUCGGCGACGGACUUCAUCUCCUCACCUUUGAUCCCCGUGGUAUCAACUCGUCAACCCCGCUAGCGUCAUGCUAUCCCACGAAAGAGGCGCGUCAACAGCUCGGGUCCGUUCACGAUUUGGACAUGUCAAAGGAUGGCCCCGAGGUAUUCGCUUGGACACAUAACUAUGUCAGGGCUUGUGAAGACACCAUGGGCGAACAUGGAAAAUACAUCAACACUCCCCAAACCGCCGCCGACAUGAACAGCAUUCUCGAUGCUGUCGGACAAAAGGAUAUGUACUACUGGGGUUUCAGCUACGGAACUCUCCUGGGCCAAACUUAUGCCACUUUAUUCCCUAAGCGAUCUCACAGAGUCAUCAUUGAUGGAGUUGUCAACCAAUUCCUCUGGUAUCAAGCGCGUCUUGAUGGAGAGGACCUUGUUGAUACUGAGAAUGUUUUUGACGGUCUACUUAAGGAGUGCUUCAAGUCCGGAGAUGCUUGUCCGUUGUUUUCGAUGGCAGACUCUUGGCAAGGUCUCAAGAAGAAGUUCGUCUCUUUCGUCGGCGAUCUCAAGGAGCAGCCAAUGAACGUGUAUGUCAACAACAGCGUGUACGGCCUACUAGACUAUCAAAAGAUCUGGUACGGAGCGCUGUUCCCAGUGCUGUACAAGCCUGAGAGGUGGUACAUGUUCGCCGAGAAGAUGGAACAGCUUCUCCGCGGUAACGCGACGCCAGCUCUAAUGGAAUAUGGACUUGACGGUGAAGGCAAUAGUGACGCGCUCUACACUGUUUCGCUGAAUGAUGGACUAGCGGGUCCUGAGCACUGGCCGCAGGAUCUGGACUCUCUUCUGGAGAUUGUCACGCCUACCUUUAACCGCAGCGUUUUUGCCCCAGACGAUCUCGUUUAUCUCUUCGCCAAGCAGCAAUGGCGCAUUCCCAAGACACACAACUACGUUCCACGUAACGGUGUAGAGACUGCCCAUCCUCUCCUCAUCUUGACAACAUCUUACGACCCUGUCUGUCCCCUCGUCUCAGCUCGAAGCGCCCUUGCCGCGUUCAAAGAUUCGCGCCUUGUCGAGGUCAAGGGCUACGGACACUGCUCUGUUGCAGCUCCAUCGCUUUGCCUCGCUAAGCACGUUAGAGGAUUCCUCUACAAUGGAACCUUACCUGCUGCGAAUGAGACGCAGUGUGAGGUUGAUGGACCAUACUUUAAGCCAAAUGGGUCAGCUACUGUACAGACUUUUGAGGAUGCUGAAGAUCAAGCAAUUUAUCUCGCGCAGGUUGAGUUGGCUCGAGACGGUGAUUGGCCUCGACCCGCACGCUUGUAA